UUUUUUAAAAUUAUUUUUUUACAUUCUUUAAGAAAAAUUCAGAAACAUUUCUCUCCAGAUCAACUCCUCUCUCAUCUUUUUGUUGAUUCUGUUCAUCACUCCAAUUCAACAUUUAACUCUUAAAUUAACGCAUCCCUCAAAUUUCUAUCUUUCUUCUCUCAACGCUAAUCAAAUCAUCUGUAUUUAGGGCUUAUUCAAUUGUUUAACUUUGAUUGCAACGAAUUAGGGUUUCGUUAUAACUAAUAAAUUAAAGGUUGAUAAAUCUUCUUCAAAAUUUCAGGCAUGCCGCAUUGGAUAUGAAUAAAUGUUGCAGAACUAGUAAUAGAAUGUUAUAAACAGGCUGUUUUCCUGGUGCAUUCUGUGUCACUUAUUCACAAAUUUCUACUGAACUUGAUUGACGAAGAGAGACUGCGAUGGAUGAUGAUGCAAGCAGUUUGGCCGCUCCAACGAUCUUCAUUCUUGUUGCUCUUCUUCAGAUCAUUCCCAGAUACUUUGAGAACCAGAUUAGGAGUGGAGGAGCUAUGAGUUCUGAGGAAAAGAGGCUCCGUGCAGAAAUAAAGCAGCUUUUAAAAGAAGCAAGCUCCUUGACACAACCAUCAACCUUUGCACAAGCGACAAAACUUAGGAGAACAGCAGCAGCUAAGGAAAAAGAGCUUGCAAAAUAUCAAGAACAACAAAUGCUGGAGAUGAAAUCAUCAUAUGAGCCAUAUAUGAAGUAUGUGACCCCUGUUAAGGCAUUGAUUUAUCUUUUGCUGGGAGUCUGGUUUUGGAAAUACCCUGUUGCAGCAAUAUCCAAGGAGCUUGUGCAACCUUUUGGAAAGAUGCUAUCUUGGAAAUCUGGUGCUACUUCAAAUGAUAAAAUAAUGGUCGGUAUAGUUCCUUGGCUGAUAUUAUGCACCAGAGUAAGUAAGCUAAUCUGUCGGAAAAUCAACAUAUAAGAUGUUCAAAUUUUACGUGGUACGGUGAAAAUUUGUCUAAUUCGGAAUGUAUUCCCUUGUGAGCACCUCAAAUAUCGAUGGGAUCACGUUGCUGUUUUCACCGACUACUAGAAGUUAUGCAAGGCAGAAAAACUCGAUGUGAAGCUGAAAUGUGACUUCGAAUGAGCUUCCCUGCUUGGAAUGAUCUUGAUGUCUUGUCCUUUUUAUUUAGUCUUGUUUUGCGAAUACAACUUUGGUUCACGCUUAUUCACAUAUUCUACGAACCCACAGCAAAACAUCAGACUUGGGCUGUCGUCUGUCGUGUUCUCGAAUGAUUUUGUUGCCUAACUUAUGAGCUUAUGAAAGGGAAACGUUACGAUC